CUUUGGAGCACCUUUAAUUCUUCAUUCAGACAAUGGUCGAGAGUUUGUCAAUUCAGUUCUGGUAGAUUUACAUGCGAUGUGGCCAGAGGUAAAAAUUGUUCAUGGCAAACCUAGACACAGCCAGAGUCAAGGAUCGGUUGAGCGUGCCAAUAGGGAUAUUGAGGAAAUGUUAGGCGCGUGGAUGGAUGAAAAUCAAACAACAGACUGGCCUUCAGGAAUGAAAUUUAUCCAGUUCAAGAAAAACCGUGCACUUCAUUCUGGUAAAUGGGUUUUAUGCAACACAACAAAGUUCAGAAAAAUUUAAUCACCCAUUAUAAUACAUUUUCUUCAGGUAUUGGGAGAUCUCCGUACGAGGCCAUGUUCGGAUGUCCGGCUAGAGUAGGAUUAGCCUCAGCUGGCAUUCCCCAUGAUGAAAUUAAUCAUUUGUCCACUGAAGUCUUCUGAAACUUUGAUAGAAGAAAUGGGACGAGAGUCUAAUGACCUCGAGGAUCCUAAUCCGCAAAGGGAAAGAGGAGAUGAAGAAGGGAUAGUUCCACAAAUCAUCCAAUUCGAAUAUGAAAAUGGAACUAAUGAUACUGGAAGCGCGACUGAAAGCACGUACGAGGAUAGAAUAGUUUGCAACCAGUGCUCUACAGUCUUACCACUUGGCGAAGAAGCUAGUAAUGAUGGGAAGUGCAUUCAUUGCGAACGCCAAGAGAACAUUGUUAAUGAGCGUAAAAGAUCCAGGGAAUGUUUAGAAAAACAAGCCACCAAAAUGCUGAAACUGUCUAAUCGAAAAUUCUCCGACGUUCAAGCUGGAACUACCGUUCGUGUACCCAUACCAGACGUAGAUAGAGCUCGUGGUUCUCCCCGUAAUGUACUGGCUGUUGUUAAUAGUGUAGAAGACGGUUUAUAUAAACUUGGUACACCCCAUGGCGCGUUGAAGCAUAAAUUUACCAGCGAUUCCGCAAAAAAUAAAGAAAUUUCCCUGAGAGAAGUGGCCGCUGAAAAUAGUGUUUUAGGGGGACAGGGUUACAAACGUUGUCACUGCAAGGGCGGAUGUAAAAACAAUAAGUGUGCUUGUCGCGCUAACAAGAAAAUUUGCAAUUCGAAGUGCCAUGGAUCUCUCUCAUGCCACAAUAAAAAUGAUUAA